GUGUGUGCUUCUAGUAGUGUGUGUGUGCGUGUUUAGGUGUGUGCACGUGUCUCGCAGCCUUCCGUGGAGUUGCUCCAUUAGUUUACCACACCGCGCCGACAACGAGAAGGAAGGGAAGGAAUGGUCUAAGUGGAGACACUGAAACAUAAGUGGAAUUAUUUGCUAUUAAGUGAUCAGUCUCAAUUUUGAGAUGAAAAAAGUGAUACCCACAGUGUUGCUGGCGGUGGUGGCACUGUCUUGCCUAGAGGGUGCCACCUCGGCCGCCGUCAGCCACUCUCACAGGCACGCCCAUCAACGAGGACACGUGGCCCGCCUGCAGGAGACUGUGGACCGCCUUCUCCUCCGCCAGAAGACGGACCACAUUCUGCUUUCAACGCUGCAGCGAGCGGUACUCGAGCUUCAGGAUAAAUCCCAGCGCCAGGAGACUCCAUCGGUGCCGGAGGCGGCCCAAACCUCCUCAAGGGUGCAUGAAGCAGUGCAGAUUGUGGAGGCGGAGGGGCGUGCUCUGGCCGCCCUUGGGGAGCAGGUAGCUGAGGUCAGGGGUACCCUGACGGAGGCACUGAAGGCGGAGGAGAAGGACGACGUGACACAGCUACGGCAAGAGAUAGCUUACCUAAGGUCCGAGGUGCAGCGGCUGAAAGCGACGCGGGCGGCCGAGGCCUCGCCCAGCGCCGCCCACAUGCACGCCCACGAGCAGCGGGAGGCGGUUGCUGCCGCCUGGGUCGUCGAAAACGUCAGGAGACUGCAGGACUCCGUUGUCGAACUGCAGCAGGCGCUCAACGUCAGCCAGGCCAUGCAUGACAAGAUGGAAGUCGAGUCUCGCCUGCUGACGGUGGCAAAGGACGUGGGCGCCCUGCGAGGCAGCAUGGCGGCCGUCACGUCCAAGGCGGAGGCGGCCAUGGCGACGUCGGAGGCGCUGCAGGACGAAGUGGGGCGGCUCUCGGAGGAGGCGCACCGCAACGCCGGCCACCUGGGGGCGCUCGCCACGGAG